ACACACCUUGAAGUAGCCGCAUCCACUUUACUCCGCUCUUUGUUCUCUGUUCUCUUCCCUCGUCUGGCGGGAACGUUGUCGGCGAUUAUGACAUCGCUAACGGAGCUUGACGAUGAUAUGGUGCGCAGCAUGUCAAUAGGCGCAGUCUUCUCCGACUUCGUCGGGAAGAUAAAUUCCAUUGAUUUUCAUCGUAAGGAUGAUUUACUAGUUACAGCUAGUGAAGAUGACUCAGUGCGGCUCUAUGACAUUGCAAAUGCUAAGCUGCUGAAGACCACUUAUCAUAAGAAACACGGUACUGAUCGAAUUUGCUUUACUCAUCACCCAAGCUCUGUUAUAUGUUCUUCAAAGUACAAUUUGGAGUCUACUGGGGAAUCGUUGAGGUAUUUAUCAAUGUAUGAUAACCGAUGCCUGCGGUACUUCAAAGGCCAUAAAGACAGAGUUGUUUCACUUUGCAUGUCUCCAAUCAAUGAUAGCUUCAUGUCUGGUUCUCUAGACCACAGUGUCAGAAUAUGGGAUCUCCGAGUAAAUGCCUGCCAGGGAAUAUUACGUUUACGUGGUAGACCUGCUGUUGCAUACGACCAGCAAGGCCUGGUUUUUGCUGUGGCAAUGGAAGGAGGGGCUAUCAAAUUGUUUGAUUCACGUUCCUAUGACAAGGGUCCUUUUGACACCUUUCUAGUCGGUGGUGAUACAGCAGAGGUUUGUGAUAUCAAAUUUAGCAAUGAUGGCAAAUCAAUGCUUCUGACUACAACAAACAACAAUAUUUACGUUCUUGAUGCAUAUGCAGGAGAGAAGCGGUGCGGGUUUAGCCUAGAUCCAUCUCCAGGUACAAAAAUAGAGGCUACAUUUACACCAGAUGGAAAGUAUAUGUUGGCAGGCUCAGGAGGCGGAACUAUUCAUGCGUGGAGUAUUGACAUGAAAAAUGAGGUGGCAUGUUGGAGCAGCCAUAUUGGCGUGGCUUCAUGCUUGAAGUGGGCCCCUCGCCGUGCCAUGUUCGCUGCAGCCUCUUCCGUUCUCACGUUCUGGAUUCCCGACGACUCUAAGCUGAAAGCUGAGCACGGUGGUCAGGACUCCGAAGCUGGAGCUCAAACCCAGCCACAUGGUCACUAACUUAAUCACAGCAUUUUUUUUUUUUGGUGUUCUUAAAUAUACACAAGUUUUGCUCAGGAAACACUCGCCCCCUCCUUUUCCGUGUCUGAAAGUUUCUGUAAAACUUGUGCUUGCUUCGUCAACUUAGCUGAGCAGGCUUGUUUUGCUUCAAUAUAAUUUCAAUUCCUUGGUCAUUGAACAAAUA